AUGAUGUUCGGGCUGCAGGAGAGCGGGCUCCAGCCCCGGGGGCCCAUGGCUACCCUCAAGGAGGAGCCCCUUGCCACCGCCCAACUGGGCACGGUCCGGUCCGGUUGGAUGCAACCGGCCAUGAUUGACCAGACCGCCGGCAGUGUGGGCCUCGGGAGAGCACACUUCGAGAAGCAGCCGCCGUCCAACCUGCGGAAGAGCAACUUCUUCCAUUUCGUCAUAGCCCUCUACGACAAAGCAGGCCAACCGGUGGAAGUAGAAAGGACGGCCUUCGUGGGAUUCGUGGAAAAAGACCAGGAAUCAGAAGGUCAAAAAACAAAUAAUGGUAUCCAUUACAGACUACAGCUCCUAUACGCUAAUGGAGUGCGGCAGGAGCAAGACCUGUACGUUCGGCUAAUCGACCACAUAUCUAAACAGCCCAUUUUAUACGAAGGCCAAGACAAAAAUCCAGAGAUGUGCCGAGUUUUACUCACACACGAAGUUAUGUGCAGCCGGUGCUGUGACAAAAAAAGCUGCGGUAACAGAAACGAAACCCCCUCCGAUCCCGUGAUAAUCGACAGGUAA